AUGAAAUAUCUAAGCAUGAGGAAUACGCAAGUGGGAGCUGUUCCAAAAUCCAUAGGAAAUCUUUGGAAUCUAGAGACCUUGGAUCUAAGAGAUACCUUUGUAACUAAGUUGCCUAUGCAAAUAGGGAAACUUUGGAAACGUCGACAUCUCCUUGUUUAUCAUGGCAAAUUUCGCAGGGGCUUUCAAGCCCCUACGGAAAUUGGAAAUUUGUCAUGCGUACAAAAUCUUGGUGCAAUCCAGGCAAACCAAAGCAACAACAAGAUUUUAAUGGGAGAGCUUGGGAAGCUUACUCAACUAAGAACUUUAUGUAUUGCAAAAUUGAAGAGCGAAAACGUAUUGACAUUUAGCUCGUCCCUUGAAAACUUGAGUAAACUCCGCUCUUUAUCUAUUCGUGCAACAAAAAGGGCUGAGAUCGUUGGUCUGAAAUCUUUGUCCCAUGGUCCUACAUUUCUACAGAGGCUAUACUUGAAUGGACGUUUAGAAAAGAUACCAAGUUGGAUAUCUUCUCUUCAUAGCUUGGUCAAACUAUGCUUACAUUGGAGCAGGCUAAUGAAUGACGAGACACUAGAAUGCCUACAAGAUAUGCCCAAUCUCUUAGAACUUUCAAUUUUUUUUGCUUUUGGUGGGGAGAGAUUGUGUUUUUAUGACUGGAGGGUUUACGAGGCUCAAGAAAUUGGAGCUUACAGGUGCAUUAGCAUUGAGCUGGACGAAUGUGGAGCAGGGCGCAAUGCCUCAUCUUGUACACCUAUCUAUCAUUUUAUGUCCUAA